AUGGAGAUGUCAGCGGCUGCAGGUGACCGGGAGAUUUCUGGUCACCGUCAGUGCUCCCGCACGGUGAAGAGAAGGAGGUGGGGAGGUUUGAGGCAGCAGUGGAAGCUUCUGGGCUUGUUUGAGAUCGAUCAGCAGCAUGAGUUCUACAGCCUGACCUGCAUGAUGAAGGAGGGACUGGCAGCAGCCUCCCAAGUCACCAUUGACAACGCACCUACAAAUGAAGUGUCGGAUGAUGAUUUCAGAUUAGAGGUCACUCAGAUUCAUAAGGAUUUUACAAUGGAGACGUUUGCUGGCCCGGUGUUUGCCAGCCUGCGCGGCUCUUUAGGAAUGACAGAGCAGGAGUAUCAACAGUCGCUGUGUUCUGAAAACUGCUACCUCCAGUUCAUCAGCAACUCCAAGAGCAAGGCAGACUUCUUCCUGACAAAUGAUAAACGCUUCUUUUUGAAGACCCAGAACAAAAGGGAAAUCAAAUUCCUUCUGGCCAACCUGAAGAUCUACAUAGAACACCUGAGGAAAUACCCCCAUUCACUGCUGGUCAAGUUCCUAGGUGUUCACAGGAUCAAAAUCCCACACAGACGGAAGAAAUACUUCAUUGUUAUGCAAAGUGUGUUUUAUCCAGAUGAUCGAAUCAAUGCCAGGUAUGACAUUAAGGGCUGUGAGGUGAGUCGUUGGACAGAGCCUGCACCAGAGGGAAGCCAGAUUAUUGUGGUUCUGAAAGACCUCAACUUUGAAGGCCAGUUCAUCACUCUGGACCAGCAGCGUCCCUGGCUCCUGCGGCAGGUGGAGAUUGACACACACUUCCUGCGGAGGCUCAAUGUGUUGGACUACAGUCUUCUUCUGGCCCAUCAGCCAUUACACCACGAUGAGCGCCACCAGAGUCUCUCAUUCGCUACACUCAUCAUGAGAACCAAAAAAUCUGUGAAUCCAGGUUCCAGCCCUGUCCACACAGGCAUAGCUGCUGUUCCUGGGGCAGUCCCAGAAGAUGAUUCCACCUUACUGUUGUCUGAUAUAGAUGGUGGCUGUUUGAAGCAGUCACAAGCAGGAGAUGCAUCAGGUGGUAGCACUCUUCAAACUUGCACAGAGGAUGCAGGGCCAGGCCGUGACGCUGCUGAGCUUCAAGAUUUCAGGGCCCAAAACCGACGUCUACUGCCCAAUUUAAAGAAUCCCCUGCACGUCAUUGAUGGGCCUGAGCAGCGCUACUUCAUCGGCAUCAUUGACAUUUUUACAGUUUACAGCUGUAAGAAGAGGCUGGAGCACUGGUGGAAGAGGCUGAGACAUCCUGGCCGGUCCUUCUCCACCGUCAGUCCACAGACUUACUGCCUCAGGCUGUGUAACUGGGUACAGGACCAUACCAAGUAGACCCUGGAUGAGUGGUGGAGACUUACCGCCAACUGAGCAUGUCCAAGCAACUAAAUGGUCAUCCAAAGUCCACACACAUGCACACACGUAACAAGUUUAUCUCAACAUCUGUUCAUGGCUCCAUUCCUUUCGUCUUUUCACAUGCUCAAAACACAAGCCUGACAUCUAUGGCACUACAUUUGUCUCGCUUUUGAGUGUGCAGUAGACAUUUUGAGCACAGGAAAAUGUUUUCUGCAAACAUGUAAAUUAUACUUUGUAGAGAAAUUAAUAUCAUGUAAUCUAAAGAGACUGGUGGCACGCAAACAAUUAACUUCAGCAAACAAAACAUGUAUUCUGUACUCACUUCAUUUAUUGCUGUUGGCGACAUGGUCCUUUUUGUAAAGUAGCUAAAUAAGCAAGACAAAUUGCAAAUGUGUUCAAACUCACUUUGUGUCCAACUUUAAGAGUUCCAUCCUGCUUGUCCAGUUCUUUCCUAGUGACCGACAAUCCUACUAGUGAUCUGAUCUGAGAUGAUUCAGCUUAUAAUGACCAACUCCACUUCUCCCUUUGACUGUAAUGUACUGUAGCAGGGAAAAUAAGUGAAAGUAAGUGAGAGAGAUUAUUAUUGUGAGUUUAUGUGGAUAAUAGUAAACAUGCAAUUAGAUUUAUUGUGCACAGAACAGAUUUUUGUUCGCACUUACUAAAUGAUUAUUUUCAUGAUUGUAAUUUCUCUACAAUAUAUCUUUGCAAAAUAUUUUUCAUUGUGCACUCAGAAAUUUGACACAUACGAUUCUAUAGACAGCAUCUUACUCAGUCAGAGUAGUUGACAGAACAGUGGUGAAAACAGCUCGCAAGCAUGCCCAGUGUGAGAGAGAAGAAGGUCUUUGCUUUAAAAAACUAAAACACAUUGCCACUGAUGUGCCUUCUUAAUAAGUAUGAAAAGACAAACAUGGCCUUCAUACGCCUUACACACAUGCCUGCCUGCAUGUAAUUCCAGCCCAUAUUUCAUGAUCAUUUUGUUUACAGCAUGUGGCUGCAUUAAGUGAUUCGAUAAAUACUGUACUCUAUUUGAAGGAAGGGUAUUGGCAGCACUAAAUGCCUUUUCUUUUAACUUAAAGGUGUGACUGUCUGGGAUAAAAAAACAAAACAAAAGAUGACUGUAUGAAAUGUCACCAAUCCAAGUGGACUGGCAGUCAUUUCAGUAUAUUAACAUUUUUAAGACUUGUGCAAUGGAAAUGCAACUAUAGCACAGAUGGUCCUUAAGUUUGCCAAUAGUUUUAAUAUAAAUAUAUUUUCCAGAACUUUUUGUGUGCUUUAAGGGACUGUAAACUCAAUAGAGGUGCCACUUGGAAACAAGCAUACAUGUUCUCACACACAACAUUAACAGUUGAUUAGCAGUUAUAAUAAUAAAAUUAUAUCAGUUCAGUUUAGUCUUUGUCUUAAGGGAAGUGCAGUAGAAACAGUAAUAUUGUUUAAAAGAAAACUUACAUUAUCACAGAAGAAAUAAACAAAGGACAUACCAUUUACAAGUUCCUUAUUUGAGG